AUGGCAGUCUCCACAGGAGUUAAGAUUCCUCAUAAUUUUCUCUUGUUGGAAGAUCUUGGGGAAGGACAAAAAGGAGUAGGCGAUGGUACAGUUAGCUGGGGCCUUGACGAUGAUGAAGACAUGACACUUACGAGGUGGACAAGCAUGAUCAUUGGGCUACCAAGGACAAAUUAUGAAAACAGAAUAUAUAGCCUGAAAGUGGAAUGUGGACCUAAAUUCCCAGAAGCUCCUCCAUCAGUUAGAUUUGUAACAAAAAUUAAUAUGAAUGGAAUGGUGGAUGCAUGCAGCAUACCAAUGUUAGCAAAAUGGCAAAGUUCGUAUAGCACUAAAGUUGUACUUCAAGAGCUAAGACAUCUAAUGAUGUCCAAAGAAAAUAUGAAGCUUCCACAACUACCAGAAGGACAAACAUACAACAAUUAG